ACGCAGCUUGCCAUGUCCGCGGAGCUAUGCUCGCCCGCCAGCUCGAUCAUUGUGGAACAGAAGCCGGAAGCGCCACACUUUGCUCCUCAUGAAGAUCUUGCACACUACCCGUCCCACGCUCCUCAUCCUCCUCCCAACGAUCAUGGCGUUGAAGAUGUAGAAGUCAAGUUGAUGGACGGUGCAAACAGUGAAAGUUUUGCGCCUACAUACACCGACAGCGAAAUUCUCGAAUGCAUUUGCGAGAUGGAGAGUCAGAUUCAGGACACAAGCUUACAGAUGGCAUGCUGCGAAAAGAUUUCUGGUAGUAGUUUUGAUCGCUGCUCGGUCCCCGACCUCGAGCACAAAGGUAUCACUGCAGUAUUGGCCGGCCUGAAAGCACAUUUGGGUGAUGCGUCACUUCAGGCCGCGUACAUUCGCGCCCUGGUAUCACUAUCUGACGAUGAUGCUCUCAAGAAGUUCAUGCACAACAACGGAGGAAUCGAUGCCUUGAUGGCUGCCAUGAGGCGACAUGGCGACGACGCGAACCUGCAGGGAGUGUGUCUGAGUGCCAUGGGUGUCUUCUCGUGCCUUGAGCUGAACGUCACGUCCAUGAUCGACGACGAUGGAGCUGCGCUGCUUGUUCAGACCAUGAAGAGGUUCGAGGGCAACGAAGACAUCGUCAACGAGUCGCUCACCGCCCUCGCCAACCUCUCCACCACGGACAGCAGCAAGGCAGCCAUCCGGCAGGCAGGAGGGAUCGAAGCGAUCCUCAAGGCCAUCGUCGACUUCCCUACCAAGGCAAGGAUCCAGCGCAAUGGCUUCCGGGCCAUCAGCAACCUGAUGGGAUCGAUGGAGAACCAGGCUGCCUUCCAUGAAGCUGGGGGGGUGCCGAUCCUUCUGGACGGGCUAAGGUCCAACGAGAAGGAUGCAGAGGUCCUGCGGGAGUGUUGCCGGGCGGUGGGGAGCCUGACGGCGACGGAGGAGAUCAUCGACGAGCUGAUCGAGAAGGAAGCGAGAAGCACCAUCGUUCACGCGCUUCAGAACCACCAGAACGACUCGGGCCUUCAGGUCAUCGGGAGCUGGACCCUAGCUCGGAUCGGGUUCUCCAACAAAGUCAAAGUCAAGGAUCGUACUGGGUUGGGGAAUCGAAUCCGAAGCUUUCGGGAUCAUGUAAAGGGACGAGGAGGACAAGGACAAGGACAGGACAAGGACGAGGACGAGGACGAGGACGAGGAGGACGAGAAGGAAGAUGAUGAGGACGAGGACGAGGACGAGGACGAGGACGAGGAGAAGGAAGAUGAUAAGGAAGACGAGGACGAGGAGGAUAACGAUGAAGAGAUUGAGGCAGGGAGAGCUAUUGGCUCAAGAGAACAAGUCGUCGAUGUUGACGAGCGAACAUGUUGGACAAUCUUCAGCAUCGGCAUCGCUUUCUUCUGCCAUGACUCUCCGCUGACUUCUCCCGCCCUGCUCCUCAUGGCGUUUCGACGCAGACCCGCUGAGCAGGAGCUGUGCGUGUUUGGGCACUAUGCUCCUGUCACAAGGCAGAGGACCUCCGAGUAUUGCAGCAGCUUCCAGUGCAGCCCUGAGGAGGAGGAGGCGGGGAGAGGGAGGAGGAUGUUGCUGGUGGCUGUGGCAGCCAAGCUGAGGAUCAGGACGCGAACCGCGCUGAAGAGCAUCUGCGUCAAGGUUUGGACAAGGCACGUGAAGCUGUGCAAGAGGUCAAGACAGAUGCUGGUGGACGUGUCGGCGAGGCUGCUGCGUCUGUCUUGUGCUGUUGUCGUCUACAACAUUCAAGUCCGUCGGGAGCACCUCCAGCUGAAGUUUCUGGGCGUCAAGAAGUUGCGGCAGAAGAAUGUCAGGCGAGCUUGUCUGCGAGGAUGGGCGGCAUACAUACAGCUGCUGCGAGAUGCCCUCGAGCUCAGUAGAUCUUCAACCUUGCACCGGGUUGUUGAGGCGUGCAGGAGGAGGAGGAGGAGGAGAAGGGUUCAGAAGGAAGCGAUGGAGAUAAUGACGGUAGCCAAAUGGAACAUAGGGGUUUCUGAGGUCUUGCGCGACCUCUCAGAGGCGGUUGAGAUCCUUGAAGAGCGUCUCCCCUCUCAGCGUGAACUCCUUCCUGGGGGCUGCGACAAGCACUUUGAGGAGAUGAAGCAAGCUCACCGAGACGUGCUGCAAACUGUGGUGGGAGAAUGGGGGCGGUUGACGCGAGAGAUAGUUCAAGGACGGCCGAUCAAGAGGAGUUGGGAGAAGAUGCUAAAGAGAAGCUGCUGGUACAAGAUACAGGUGUAUGCUGAGAGAACAAGAGCGGCGAAGAUGAUUGUGCUGGGGACUUUCGACGACGUCAUCGCGCUGAACCACUUGGAGAGAUGGAAAUCGUCUUGCAGAGAGUCGAUCGACAAGUCAGUGAAUUUGUUGAGAGUUGCUGAUAUGCCCUGUGACUUGUUGUGA